CCCAAUCUUGUCUUGUCGUAAUCGUCAACAUCACCAACUUCCUUUCCCCAACAUCUUCAGACUCAGCACCAACAAUCCCCACGUACCAUACAUACCUACGCACACCACCCCCGCGCGCUACAAUGGUGCUGCAACCAAUUACAACGUCACUGCUACUCCGAACCCCUAGAUCCCUCCUAUGAUCCUUAGACAGACAGUGCCACCAUCUUCUCGAUGGACGAGACAGACAAUGCCGAGCGCAAUGCGGCCGGCCCCAUGAAUGGUGCGGCUGCCAGCCCCGUCCCGAGCCCAAAGAUAUCUCCGAAGAAGCCAGACGCUGUUGAACAACAAGAUUUCGUCAACCCUACACUUAACAUCAUACAGACCCUAUCUCGGAAGACCUCAACAAGUGCUUUAUCUACUCGUACUACACUCCCCUCGAGGGAAGGAACCCCUCCGCCUUUGCCCCCUAGGCCCAUGAACCUCGCGUUUCUGGACUCAAGACCCUCCACCUCCCAUUCGGUAGCUCCUUCAAGACCGCAGCUUGUCUCCAAGGCAACGACACAGCUUUCGUACACCAACACGCAGACACACAACGACCUAAGAGAUGAUUCACCUUCGUCAGGUGCAUCCCGCGCGCGGAACUUUUUUGGCUUGAACGUACGAAGCACUGCUAGCGACGCCGACGAUAGUGCCAGCGUGAAGAGCUACGCACCCACCACAAUCGAGGUCGGUGGAGGAGACUCGGAGAGCACACUGGCUGGAAUCAUGGAUGAUCAUGAGAAAUCUGUACUACAGUCUCUGGGCCAUAAAUUCUCGGACCAGGAAGCAGAGAGCUUAUUCCCGAAUGACCCAAACUUCGAGUCGGCCUUCGACCGCGAGUUCGACGAGAUCGAGGGCAUGGCAUCAGAUGGAUCAAACGAAGAACAAAUCAUGCUCCAAUGGCGUGCCAAGUUGAAGCACUUCCUUAUUCUUUCCUCAGCCGGAAAACCUAUCUACAGCCGGCAUGGCGACGACCAGCUCGUCACAAAUUAUAUCGGGGUCAUCCAGACCAUCAUAUCAUUCUACCAAAGCCAGAACGACACACUCAAGGGGUUCACUGCCGGAGACGUACGCUUCGUCAUCUCCUCGAGAGGACCUUUGAAUCUGGUUGCAAUUUCUCGCUUGCCGGAAAGCGAUGCACAGUUACGAGGACAGCUGGAUGCAUUAUAUAUGCAGAUUCUGUCCACUUUAACUCUCCCGAGCAUGGAGCGAAUGUUCGCUGCGCGAGCCAACUACGACCUCCGCCGACCCCUUCAAGGCACGGAAACCCUUCUCUCUGCACUUUCUGAUGGCUUCACCCGAGGCUCGCCAUCCACGCUCCUCUCCGCCCUCGAAUGUCUCAAGCUGCGCAAAACACACCGACAGGCAAUCAAUAAAACCCUCCUAUCUACUCGAUCAGAGAACCUCCUCUACGGUCUUAUCGUAGCAUCAGGAAAACUAGUCUCUGUCGUCCGCCCCAAGAAGCACUCUCUGCAUCCAGGGGAUCUCCACCUCAUCUUCAAUAUGCUCUUCGAAGCCGGUAGCGUGAAGGCCGGAGGUGGCGAGAACUGGAUUCCUCUAUGCCUACCAGGAUUUAACAACACCGGGUACCUCUACAUGUACGUGAGCUUUCUCAAUCUCGAAGAUCCGACGACACCAGUUGCAGAACGACCGAAGAGUCGUGAGGGCGGUGGUGCGGCAGACGAAGUCGCAAUCCUACUCAUCAGCCCCAACAAAGAAGGGUUCUUUGAGCUGCGCGCAAUGAGAGACCAACUCGUCGACCAACUACAAAAGAAUUCGUCCAUAUCACGCAUCCGCGAAGCCGUGAAAGCUGGCCGACCGCGCUGCACUGACAUUGUCCCCGGGAGCCCGCUCCGACAUUUCUUGUACAAGUCUAGGGGAAAUGUACAGUUCACAAUGCCGGCCUGGGAACCCUACUUUGAGUCCCCUCUCGAACGAAGGAGACUCAUGUCUCUCUACAACACUCUCCACACACAACUCCACGCAAAGCCCACAUCAUUGAAGAUCCAUCAUCAAACCAGUGCUACAAACAUCAGUCUCGCGUGGAGCACACCCUUAUUCGAACUGUACGCCGUAGCACCCGUUGCGACGAGUCGAGCCGCGUUGGCACAGAGUGCGAACAAGAUUGUGCAGUGGGUUCGACGAGAGGAGGAGAGGGUUUUCAUCAUCGGCGGUGCAGUUUUCUAACGUUGGUCGAAGAGCACUGCGUUAGUUGCUACAUGACUUGAGCGAGCGCAACGAAGAGUUUAUACCCGAGAAUCGAAGGCAGUACAUACAUAGCGACGUGAUGCAUUUAAAUUUAUUGCUAUUAGCGACACUGCCUUCUUUGAGUCCACAUGUGAUAAUUCUCCUACCAUGUAAUUCUUACUCACCCAUCUUCAAUAUAUUUGAUUGCUUCUAG